AUGUUUAAAUGUCGAUAUUUCAAUGCCGACGAUGAUCUAAACCCCAAAGCUGUCAAACUGUUGGCCCAAAAGUUGGCAAAAUUUCAUGGACUAGACGUACCGAUCCCUAAAGACAGCACCAAAAAUACAAUGAAAUUGUUGUUCGAGGAGUGGUUAGGGCCCGAAGACAUACUGUCCUUCAAAGAGGGUGUAGUUUAUGAAGAGAUCCAAAAGCAAAAACUGCAGGCAUUUAAGGAAAUGGAUUUGUUGGCUGAGAUGGCAUGGCUCAGACAAGUGGUGGUCGACCUCAACAGUCCGGUAGUCUUCUCGCACAACGACCUCAACCGUAAGAAUAUUCUGGUUGUCAAAGGAGACGAGAAUAAUAACCAGAAUCUAGAUUUAUAUCUCAUUGAUUUCGAUUGGAGUAACUAUAUGUAUAGGGGCGCAGACCUUGGUGACUAUUUUGCCAAUUGGUGUCAACAAUAA